GUAUCAAGCCUAACGAUUUCGCUAGAGUUUGAGAAAUGGGUGAUUACAGUUUGAAGUGCUUGUUCCUAGCUGGUUUGCUUGUUUCAACCUUUGCAUUGCAACUUUCUGAAGGCCGAGUGGCAAGAAAAGACCUCGGGAUAGACCUCGGAGGUGUUGGAGUUGGCAUUGGUCUCGGUGGGAGUGGUUUAGGUGCCGGUGCAGGAUCUGGGUCUGGGUCUGGAUCCGGAUCAAGUUCGGAGUCAAGUUCGAGCUCAUAUUCUUCCUCAAGGUCAAGUUCAGGGUCAGGAUCAUCGGGUGGAGGGUCUGAAGCUGGUUCUUCUGCUGGAUCUUACGCUGGGUCUAGGGCUGGAUCAGGCUCCAGGAAUCAAGGCCAUGGAUAAGUCUCUUCCGAUACUUAUGGAUGUGGCUCUUUAGGACAUGCAUGAAAUUCUCUAGGGCGAAAAUUAUCGUCGUCCCCUGGUUAUUAUUAUGACAAAAUAAGUAAAAAGCUUGUUUCUUAUGAGAAACCAAAAAAUAAAAAAAUUAGAUCGUGUCAAGUGUAUGUGUAUAUUAUAGUUAUGUACUACGUAAAACCAAGUACUAUUAAGUGGUUGUCAAUAAAAGAAUGGAUUGGUUUAGUUUGA